AUGACGGAGAAGAGAGCGGUCAUCAAAAAUGCGGAUAUGUCCGAGGAUAUGCAGGCUGACGUGGUAGAAUGCGCAAGCCAAGCUUUGGACAAGUACAACAUCGAAAAAGACAUUGCCGCAUUUAUCAAGAAAGAAUUCGACAAGCGCUACAGUCCAACCUGGCACUGUAUUGUUGGCCGCAACUUUGGCUCUUAUGUGACUCACGAAACGAAAAACUUCAUCUACUUUUACCUCGGUUCCGUCGCUAUCCUCUUGUUCAAAUCUGGCUAG